UUGUCGUGGUGCAAUGCAGAACUCCUUCAAUCUUGCAGAAGCGCCGCAACUGUAUGAUUAUAGUGGUGGAACUUACAUUACACAAGCAGUAGCUGCAAGAAUUUUCGGUGACAGAUCGGCAUUUUUCGACUGCGGAUUCAUGGGGUUUCAAGACACAUUAUGGGAUGUACAAGGCCGCCAUCUCUUUGAAAAUUGCUAUAUCGAAGGUGCCAUAGACUUCAUCUUUGGUAGAGGGCAAUCAAUUUACAAGGACUGCUUGAUAAAUGUUAAUGUUGCAUCUCUCCCUCAAGUGCACCAAGGAUUCAUUACCGCACAAGGUCGAGAAUCGGCAGCAGACUCGAGCGGGUUUAUAUUUAAACAGUGCAAUGUAACGGGGGCUGGCCAAGUGUUUUUGGGGAGAGCUUAUCGUCCUUAUUCCAGAGUUAUAUUUGAGGAUACUUCAUUGGAUUCGGUGGUAGCACCAGAGGGAUGGGAUGCCUGGAACUACAAAGGCCAAGAGGAAAACUUUAUGUAUGUUGAGGUGAAUGGUAGAGGGCCAGGAUCUUCCACUACCAAGAGAGUUCCAUGGGAGAAGAAGCUUGAUGCCUCAGAACUAAGGAACUUCUCAUUGGAAUUCUUCAUUGACCAAGAUGGGUGGAUUCCCACGAUCCCUUGAAUCACAAUGAAACUUGAAACUCAUUAUCAGAUCUUUAGUUCUGUUAGUUCUUCCUAGAAAGUUAGUGUUGAUAGUUCAGUUGCAUACUUCCUUCUAUAAGUUGAAGAAAACAGCGGAGGCUUUCUUUUUUCUGCAGUUUUCCAAAGCUGUGUGUACUUAUUGGACAGGAAAUUUUUUGGUUUUCUUAUUAUUAUUUUUUUCCCAAUCACAUGUUAGAAAGCUAGUUUGCUAUUUAAGGUAUUUAAAAAGUUCUUCAGAACAAAUAAAGAAAGAAAUUUCAUAAUUCUAUUCAUGUUUCACUUUCACACCACAGCAUAUAUUAGAAGGAUUUUAGCAAGCACUAUCUUCAGAUUUUACUACAAAAAAGCAAGCUAUAUAUCUGAAGAAGUCAUGAAUUCUUUUUGGAUCUCAUAAAGACACUUUACUUGCGGCAGUCUGUCAGGAUCAAGAUUAUAAUAAUUCAUAAUCCGACACUGAAACUAUAUUGUGAUUCGUAAUAUCGAAGAGAAAUGACAAUAUUAACAGCCUUUCGUGACGACUAUCUCUCCCGAGUCCCACAUACCGACUCCCAAAAUUAUGUCUAUACUCUAAACUCCUUGACUCCCACCUUAACAAACUUACCAGGUACAAUUAGAACAUGGUCUCAAGUAUCAACACUAUCAGAUAUCAAUUCAUUGAUUUAGGCUGUUAACAUUUCAUUAACUUUUUGCUCAAGUUUAAUGUCAGAAACUACAGAGUUAGAGAAACAAAACUAAAUUAAUACGUCUAAAAUUUCAUUGAGAAUCCCCCUAAACUAAUAAUUACUAGUCAUGAAUUCUUCAUAAACUGCUCCAAUUCUCAGUUGCAGAGACAAAAAGUUGAAUAAUCUACUUGAUAGUGAUACCAUCCAAUAUCUUAUCUAAGUUCAUUGAUUGUAACAAAUAAAAGCUUGGAUGAAUUAAUUUCCCCCUAAUUUUCCAAUUCAAUACGAAACUGUGAGACUCGUGGAUCGAACUCAGCCAGAAAACCCCCCAUUAAACUGCCGAUUUCGAUACUGUGUUCG